AUGGUUGGAGUCCGCGGCAAGUACAAGGGAUGCGAGACAUGCAGGGCUCGAAGAGUCAAGUGCGAUAACGAACGGCCACACUGCCGCAAGUGUAUCGAGAGCGGCCGCGAAUGUGCUGGCUACGAACGAGAAAUGGUCUUCAUCACCGCAACCAUAGACGACGCAGGCCGCUGCUCAUCACACCCGCCCCGCCAAGUCCAGUCGUCUUCUUCCAGAGGUUCUAGGAGAAGCCAAACCGUGGACGAGGUUCCUCGCUUGGUACCGACAGAACCGUUGAUGCCGGCAUGGGAUGACUUGGUUUCCGUGUCCGACAACGGUGUCGUAUACUCGAUACAGAUCGCGGCAUUGCACACCAGGUUCCAGAACAUCAUGAGGGGACCCGAAGGGCAAAGCCAAGUAAAGUUCCGGAUGGCCCUACCGCCAUACUCACCAGUUGAUAUGGAGACAUGGGAUAACGGCGGCAACAUGGACCUAAAUGCGCAGAACAUGGUCAGUCUGCUGCCAUCAGGGAAUGACAACGGAGCCCCCGAAGGUCUUUGCCAAAAUCCAUCCUUUUUGGUGACCAACGGCAUGACACCCUGGAGUGUCCCCCAAGAGCAUAUGGACGUCGUCAAGAAGCUUGGACCGGAACAAUUUCGUCAAUUCCCAGCCCACCACUAUUUCGUCAGGGUAUAUAGGUGUAAUGCUAUCAUACUCGCUCUCUUACACCGAAAGAUGACGUUUCUUUCUUCGUUCGAAUGGUGCACUACACCGUGGGAACAGCACCCUAAGACGUUUCUCGACAGGCUCUUUGACAUCAUCGCCGGGUUGCCUGGCAUCUUCUCUCGCGUCGACCGAACGGUACCCUUUGCUGCAACCUUGCAGCGUCGAUUAAAGGCACAGGAACUGUUGGAGAGCUGCUUGGAAAUCGAACGGAGGCUGGAGGAGUGGGAGUCGUUCGCCCGCGCGCCUACUGCCGAGCACCCGUAUGCGUACUGGAUAGAAGAGCCGGAUGAUCCAGAUGCGCAGCAGCUACCCUUUGCAGACAACUUUGCCUUCAAGGACGGUGUGUCGUCCGUCAUGUUCCUGUACCACUGGAUGACACUGCUGCUCCUCCACCGCUGCAUCGAGUGCCUGCACCACACCAUUUUCCAGCCUGUCAUCGAGGACUUUCCCAACAUGUACCCGGAUCUGCCUCCGAAUCUGCAGAUCAACCUGGGGAGGUACCAACAGAGGCGGGAGUUUGCGUCAAGAAUCUGCAGGGCACUCGACUUUGCGCUGUCGACGACAGUUCAGCCGGACAUGUUGGUUGCACCACUAGCCGUGGCCAUGGAGUUCUAUCGCGAGAUCAAUGCGUCGUCAAGGGACGGCGAGCUCGAGAUUAUGUGGUGCGAUAACUUCAGGCUGCGUUUGACCUCCAAAGGUCACGAUAUUGCCAACGUUCUGCAGAGCAGAUCAUGGACCGACAUUGCCAGGUUCUGA